AUGAGAUCGUUAGGAUCGUUAACCCUCAUAUUCCUCCUAUCUCUCUUCUACGCCUCCCCCGUGCUCUCAUUCGGAUAUGGGUCGUCGCAAAAACCAGCCAAGAACGCCAUCCUCCUCUCCGACGUCAAAUCCCUAACCCUCCGAGCAAAGCAACGCACCACCUCCCGCCGUGUCUCCCCAAUUCCCCAACUCACAUGCAUCGGCCCCUCAAAACGAGUUUGCAACCUGUAUACCAUCGACACAAUGCGCUGCACAAACGCAGGCUCCGAAUACGACGAGGGAGACAUUCAAUGGACCUGCACCGCGCCUCUCCCGCCAGAAUUCAAAUUGGGUUCUACGGAUGUUAUUUGUGAGGGGUACAGAGAUGCGGAUGAUAAGUGGGUGUUGAAGGGGAGUUGUGGGGUUGAGUAUCGGUUGUUGUUGACGGAGGUCGGGGAGGAGAGGUUUGGGGGGAUACGGGAUGAGAGCAAUGCGGUGGGUGCGGUGGGGAGUUUGAUUUUCUUUGGGUUUAUGGUGGCGGCUUUUAUCUUUAUCUUAUGGCCUAUGGCUCUGAGUUGCUUUGGCAUACGCAGAGAUCGUCCAGAUCAGCGUCGUGGUUGGGGAGGGUUCUGGGGAGGUGGUGGUGGAGGACCUGGCGGUAAUGGUGGAUAUCCUGGACCUCCGCCGCCAUAUUCCAGAUACCCCGAUCACAGUACUUCCUCGUCGAUACCAGGUUGGAGGCCAGGCUUCUGGUCUGGCGCAAUGAGUGGUGCUGCAGCUGGCUAUGAGAUGGGAAGAAGAAGCGAGAGGUAUGGCUCGCCGUUUGGUGGCCGACGGAUGGGCACGGGAUAUGAUGACUAUCGUGACCCUUGGGAAGGCAGUUCGAGGACUCGUUCGUCACCGGGGUUCUCGACUACUACUACGGGUACCGGGUUUGGGUCGACCAGGAGGAGGUGA